AGCCUCACCGUGGCUCGAAAUGGACCCCAACUGCUCCUGCGCCACUGGUGACUCCUGCUCAUGCGCCAGCUCCUGCAACAGCAGCGUGCAAAGGACCUCAUGCAAGAAGAGCUGCUGUUCCUGCCGCCCCGUGGGCUGUGCCAACCGUGCCCAGGGCUGCCUCUGCAAAGGGGCGUUGGAGAAGGGCAGCUGCUGUGCCUGAUGUGGGGACAGUUCUGCUCCCAGAUGUAAGCAAGCCAACCUGCAAACACCUGAGGUUUUUUUAAUACAGCCCUGAGCCAUUUGCUGCAUUUCUUUUUCUAUUAAACAUGUGAAUGACAAUAAAACCAUUUUGACUUGAA